AUGUCUAAUCCAAGACCAUCGCGUGGCAGACCGAAACGCACUUCUGUUACUCCAACUCGGCAAUCACCAAGGAAAGUACGACGAGUACAGUCUUAUCUAAACGCAGUCAAUAGACACUUUGUAAAUACGGUUCCUAUCCUUGAAGUUACUCUGCGGUUCGACGAAGAUGAAUACGACGUGUGGCGGAGACAGGACACGGACGAAGUCAAUUUAUAUUAUAUGUUACGUAUUAAAUAUCCUAAAGACGCAGACGAAGCAACAUGGCGACGUGAACUGGAAAAGCUGAAGAAAGAAAUUGGCCAAAUACGAGUCGUGAAUGAAGGAUGGUUCGAGGGCGUUUGGAUCUCGCUGGAGAAAGCAAAAGAAAUAGCCCGCAGAUAUGAUAUAUACGACCUCGUUGCAGAACUUUUGGAGACAGAGAACAGUUGGUUCGAUUCGCCAAAAAAUAAACCAAAAGACAAGUCCUUAUACACGAGGGAGAAGGACUCUCAAAAUACUCAAAACGCAAUGCCUCCACCGGAUCCAAUUAUUCCAAAUGGUGAGCCUCAGUCCAACACGAAUUAUGAAAAAAAACCAUGCAAUCAUCGAUCAAUGGCAGAACAGGCCGACGUAUCAAGUCAAGCAGAAUAUAAAAACCAAAUCACAAUACUUAAACAAAAAAUAGAUGAGUCAGAGCAAUUUUUACAACCAUCACAAUCAAAAAAGAGGAGAUUAUAUUGGACGGCAGGUGGGUUUGCAGUAGGAGCAGUUGCCGCGACGGCAGUCGGACUGCUUGCUGGUGAUGACAUGAGGGAAAUGUUGAACGGGAUGAGCGAAAGUGUUAGCGGAAUGAUCCAAUUUUGA